GGCGGGUCGCCGGUGAGGUGCGGUGACGUAAGGAGGCUCCCGCCGCCGGUUGGGGCGGGAGCGCUCGCUGGGCGGCCGGGAAGCGGCUGAGGGCCGGGGUCGGGCCGGAAGGGGGGCGGCGGCUGGUGCUGCAGCCGGGCAGGGCGCGGAGCGGCCUUGGGGUCGGGACUGACGCCUUGCUUAACCGCAACCCCGGCGAACCUCUUCGGUAACGGCGGCCUUCGUGUUCCUCGGGAGCCGGAGAUGAGCAAGCCCGUAACGACUUCGACGUACGUGCGGUGCAUUAGCUACGGGCUCAUGAGGCGGCUGGCGGAUUUCAUCGACCCGCAAGAGGGGUGGAAGAAAUUAGCGGUUGAUAUCGCCAAUCCUUCCGGUGAAAGCAGAUACAACCAAAUGCAUAUCAGGAGAUUUGAGGCAUUUGUACAAAUGGGAAAGAGCCCCACGUGUGAAUUACUUUAUGACUGGGGAACAACAAACUGUACAGUUGGUGAUCUUGUGGAUCUGCUGAUUAGGAAUCAAUUCCUAGCUCCAGCAAGCCUUCUGCUUCCAGAAGCUGUAAGGAUGGCACAAGAAGUUACGUUACCUCUUUCUUCACAGGAUACCUUGCCUAUACAUGAGAAACAGCUGCCUAUACAGGAAAAGGAAGUGGCAUCUGUAAAGCCUGUUUUAGCUCAGAGUACUGAGAAGCAACAUUCAGCUCCUCCCUACUUAAGUCAAGAAAAUAGCAGCUCACAGUCCAGUAACACAGAUUUCCAAAAAUUUUGGUUUCAUGACUUGGAAAGUGUUACAAAUAAUUUUGAUGCACGACCAGAAUCAGCUGGAGGCAAUAAACUGGGAGAAGGUGGCUUUGGCGUUGUGUUCAAAGGCUUCAUCAAUGGCAGAAAUGUGGCUGUCAAGAAGCUCAUUGCUAUGGUUGAUGUUAGUGUUCAGGACUUGAAACAGCAAUUUGAUCAAGAAAUAAAAAUGAUGGCAAAGUGUCAGCAUGAGAAUCUAGUAGAAUUACUUGGUUUCUCAAGUGAUGGUGCUCAGCCAUGUCUAGUAUAUGAAUACAUGCCCAACGGUUCAUUGCUUGACAGACUUGCUUGUCUGGAUAACACUCCACCAAUUUCUUGGAAUACAAGAUGUAAAAUUGUUCAAGGUACAGCAAAUGGCAUCAACUUUUUGCAUGAAAAUAAUCAUAUUCACAGAGAUAUUAAAAGUGCAAAUAUCUUAUUAACUGAGACAUAUAUGCCCAAAAUUUCUGACUUUGGACUUGCAAGAGCAUCUGUAACAUUCACACAAACAAUCAUGACUGAAAGAAUUGUUGGAACAGCAGCCUAUAUGGCACCUGAAGCUCUGCGAGGAGAGAUAACACCUAAAUCUGAUAUCUUCAGUUUUGGAGUAGUUAUACUAGAAAUAAUAACAGGUCUUCCCCCAAUAGAUGAAAACCGGGAGCCACAGUUGCUGUUAAGUAUCAAAGAUGAAAUUGAGGAUGAGGAAGCAACUGUUGAGGAUUAUGUUGAUGUAAAGAUGAGUGACUGGGAUGCAACUUCAGUUCAUAAAAUGUAUUCGAUUGCUGAUCGGUGUCUAAAUGAGAAAAAAAAUAGAAGGCCAGACAUUAAGGUGGUCCAGCAGCAUCUACAAGAGAUAAAAACUUGAUAUGUGUUUCUUCUGAUACACAAAUGUUUUUUGUAAUGGAGUAGACACCAAUAGUAAAUAUUUUAUUAGUAUUUAGUGUGACAUUACCAGCUUUUAUGCUUUCCGUAACUUUCUGGUCUGCAUGUAAGGUGUGCUGUUGGCCUGUCACCACCGUGUUGUGUUUGUUAACUGUGCAGCCUUUUCACAUAUCCUUAGCCACUGGGCCCUUAACAUGAGAAAAUUUUUUUUUGUAUUAACAAAUUGCAGUGCUGGUACAUCUUCUCCACAUCUUUUUUAAAUGCAUUUCCAUAUUAGAAUCUAUUUGAUUCUUUUGUUUUCCAAGUAUUAAGUAUAUAACAGCAUAUGAUGGCAACAGGGUAGAAUGUUUUCUCUGCAAAUUACUUUAUUCAUCAGGUGUACUAGACCUUUUUCUAUCCAAGACAAAAACACUUAGUAUAUAGUGACAAACCAUUUAAUUUUUGUUCAUAGGAAGACUCUUGACUAUUUUGAGUAUUUUACACUUUAGGAGAAGAUUCCAUAUGGAUUAUAAAUGCAGGUGAUUCGUUUUGUUAAAGGGGCCAGAGUAAUAGUUCUAUUAAGACUAAUUCUGUAUUUUCCUUAGUCAAAUAAUUGAGCUCUUUUUAAAAAAAUAUAUAUGUGUAUGUAUGUAUAUUAAUAACUAAAUACUAAAAUACAGGUUUAAAAAAGCACCAUUGAAAGGUUUCUGUAUUAGAAACAUUGACAGAUCAAAGCAGACUGAAAAUGGAAUGGAUGGGACUAGUAAGAUUCCAGAUACUUUGGACUAAGUGGGUAUGAAAAUACGACCACUGUAUAUGAAAGGUUAUUUUCAUAUAAACCUGGUUUGCACCUCAUGAACUUUUUGUUGACAACUUAGGGGUAGGAAGAUAGUCUGUCUUACAGCUAAAUUCAGAAUUCCAUGAUUAUCAAACAAAAAUGAAACUGAGAAAUGAUCUGACUGCAGUAGGGGAUAUGUGUAUCUUUGUAGAAAGCAUGUGAUUUCUAACACUUGUAUCAUUAGAUCCUCUCCUAUUAACAUAUUCUGUAUUGCCUUUUCAAAUGGAUGGUUUAAUUCAGAGAAAGGUAUCUGCCUAAACAGCUUCUAGUUUUAUUGAGCAUAAAUUGUAGAAAGCUGUAAACAUAAAUAAAACUUCUGAAUUAUCA